AAGAGAAAACUGAGUGAACAAAGCGCAAAAACUCUGGUUUGGAGUGUAAAGCAUUUGAGAAGCAUCGUCAAGCACUUUGUUUUGGACGUCUACUGAAAAAGGUUAACAGAAGAGGAUAAAGUAUUUAAGAAGGACUGUGAAGUUUUUCUGUUACUGUGUUUCUGGAAGUCUACAAAAGAGAAUAAGACAGAGGGUUGGCCUUUGAAUUCGAAGACCUUGCCUGCAUUUUGGGUUAGUUUGGUUUUUUUUCCUGCACCUCCUCCGAAGCUCAGUGUAGUGGAGGAGGCAAAGCGUAGUCAUAGCAGUAAUGAAGUACAGCUGCCAGAACCUUGUGUCUCAGUACACACGUCCGAGCACAUACACCCCAACACACUACACCCCUACUUAUUAUACUCCGAAGAACUAUUCCACCAGCUCCUACUCCCCAAGCCACUACAGCUCAGCAAAGUACACACCAAGCUACACGCCACCUGCUUACACUCCGGCUUACAAAAGCACCUCUUCCUCCUACAAGUCUGUCUACAGCAAGCCAUCACGACAUGCCAGCAACCACGUUAAACCUGUACAGCCUACUCCCAUUGCACCGAGCAAGCCUAAUCGGACUGUCCGCUUCACCAACGAUGUUGUCUUCCAGGACUACGUACGCCAUGGAGAUCUGGAGAUGAUUGGCCGCUUUAUGAGAGCGAGGAAAGUGCGAGUGGAUACAAUCUUCCAUUCUGGCAUGGCAGCUCUCCAUGAGGCUGUUCUUUCAGGCAACUUGGAGUGUGUAAAGCUUCUGAUCAAAUACGGAGCUGAUGUUCACCAAAGAGACGAGGAUGGCUGGACACCUCUGCACAUGGCUUGCAGCGAUGGCUACCCUGAGAUUGCACGGUAUCUACUUUCUCUAGGUGCUAGUGCAGAAGCUGAGAAUGCAAAUGGAGAGAAGCCAGCAGAUCUUAUUGACCCUGAAUGUAAAGAGCUGGUCAAACUGUUUGAAGUGGGCUGUGUUUAAGCGCCAGCACAAGAAAACCCAAUAGAACUACAAGGAACAAUUCCUCUGGACUCAAUCUGUCAAGAGGAUGGUGCAAUCAAAGUAGCUUCUGGUUAUUGUUUUUGUUUGUUUUUUAGAGAACUGAAAUUGGAACGAGGACAUUGAUUUAUUUUCUUUUGGUGCAAGGUGACAUAGGAAUAUCUGUAAGUGAAAUUGUAUGCUUGUGCCACUUUCUUUAAUAUAUUCUGUAUUUGUAUACUUCUUUGUACUGCCAUGUAUCUGUACUUCCAAUCUUCGGUCCGUCUAAUCCCCCUUCCCCACCAUGCAGUUGCUGCACACAUACUAUCCUCUCUCAAUGUCUGAAUACAGUGCAACCUUCUCUGGAGCUCGGAUUACAUUGCACCCCGAGGGCCAACCCAGCCGUCUCAUUUCAUCAAUGCAAGCACGUCAUCCUGUGCAAAAUAUAGAGCAGGACAACUUUCAUAUACAGUCACACAAGGAAUUGCUGUUAUGUUCACAGAUCUGUGCAUAAUAUCUAAACUGUAGCUAUGAACAGGAUUAUGAGAACAAAGUGAUUGUUUAAAACAAGGUAAAUGUACUGGCAUGGGUUUGACCUGUACACUAUUUAGGACAGUAGUGUGUCUCUUGUCUGCAGGGCAGCUUGAGGCAACACCGGAAACAUGUACUGUACGUUUUAAUGAUCGAAUUUGUAUAUGAGCCAUAUACUAUACUUUCAGUACUGCUAAAAGUGAGUGCACUAUUUCUACAAACUUGUGGAAUUUCUUGUGUAAAGUCUUAUGUUUUUCCUCUUUUUUACUGUUUUAAU